UCUUUUGGUGGAGGAAUGCUUGUCACCUACUCCUUUCAAGUUCCCACUCCUCUGUGCUUCUCAGACUUCUUCCUAGAGAGAGAAACAGAGCUAGAGAGAGAAACAGCUUAAAGCUUUGAUCUUUAGGUUGUUUAAUCUUCUGGGUUGUGAGUGAAUGGAGAGACACAAGUGUAAGAUUUGUACUAGGAGUUUCUCUAAUGGUAGAGCUUUGGGUGGUCACAUGAGGUCUCACUUGACCCUCCUAACUGUACCACCAAAGAUCAAGCAACACCACCACCAACUCAGUGGGUGUACUGAGUCAGCUUCAUUUUUGGUAUCUUCUUCAGAGGAAGAGGAGAGAGAGAGCGAAGAUAAAUCUUUGGCUUAUGGGUUGAGAGAGAAUCCAAAGAAGAGUUUUCGGGUGGUAGAUCCUGAAUUUUUGGAUGCUGGGUUGGUUGUUCAAGACAGAGAGAGCGAGACCGAGUCAACCCGGAACCCGACUCGGCAGCGAUCCAAGCGGACUCGGAAGGCGGGCGUUGAAGAAAAUCAAGAAUUGGAGAAACCCAAGUUGAAAAAAGUAAAACCCAGUUCAACCGAGUCAAUGGCCGAGGUGGAACCGGUGAGUUCCGUCUCCGACACAUCCCCUGAAGAAGAUGUUGCUCUGUGCCUCAUGAUGCUUUCAAGGGAUUCGUGGAGCUCUGACCAUGACUCGGGCGAGUUGAAGCCGAGUCAGAAGCCGGCGAGUCAGGAACCGAGUCAGGGUCUGGGGAGGUACCAGUGUGAGACAUGCAACAGAGUGUUCAAGUCGUUUCAAGCACUGGGUGGACACAGAACGAGUCACAAGAAAGCCAAGAAUGGUGAGUCAGGGGCAGUGAGACGUGUUGGGUCAAGCAAUGUGGAUCAGAAAGUUCAUGAGUGCCCAUUUUGUGGAAAAGUAUUUGGGUCAGGUCAAGCCCUAGGUGGGCACAAGAGAUCACACUUCUUGGGCUCAUCAUCAAUAACAACAGCCAAGUUUGGUGACAGUUUGGUGGUGGACACAAGUAAUUCUACUAACUUUGGUGACAGCAAUUUAAUAGAUCUCAAUUUGCCAGCUCCAAUGGAAGAAGAUGAAGAUUUUAACCAACUAGACAUUUCUGCUAUCUCGGAUGCUGAAUUCAUCAAUCCCAACAAACAUUGACCACCCCAUUGAUGAUUGAUCGUAACCAUUGACAAAGUUGAGAGGUUAAAUUAGUACCCUUUUCUCUCUCUUUCUUGGUCUACACACAUUGGAUAUGUGAUUUUGGACUAUUUUAGGGUAUUAUGGGCAAUUUGGUCAAUUGGGUUAAUUGGGUUACCUCUAUUUUAUAGAAUUUUUUUUUUUUUUUUUUUUUUUUGUUGAAUAGAUCAUUCAAUGUCUUGUAGCUUUUGGAGUUGUUGUUUCUUUGGUUGUUGUAAUACAUUGCAUUGAAAAUUUCACAAGUUGGUGUGUUAAUAGUUAAAA